AUGAGUACGCGCGUAUUUGUGCGGCUUUACGACGGCACGACACAGCAUGAGACGGAUGAUGAGGUGCUUGAGCUACCACCACCGCCGCUUAAGUGGAAGGAUGCUAUAACUACAAUGGUGGCGGCACUAGGUAAGCAGAACGAUUACGAAGACGGCGUGACGACGCCCAAGGCGCGACUUUUUUUGCUGCCCACGGAGAUUAUGGGCAUUGCAGCUGAGCUGAACGCUCGCUCGCUGCGCUUUGGCGUCCGUGAGAAUGAUCACUUUGUCAUUUGUUUGCGCGGUGAAGACUAUCAACAACCUAGCGAGCGACAAAUUGAUUUAUCAUCUGUGAUCACUCCCAUUGCCUCCAGCGAAUCAGGAAGACCCACGUCUCUCACUUCACCAAAUUCUUGUGUCGUCACUUCACAAGUCAACAUCGCUUCACAAGUCAAUGGUCUUAAUUUGGGUGCAAAUUCGUCCACUGGAGCCGUGGAAGGACCACCGAUAGGUGUUUUAGGAAGUAAUGCUCGAUCUGGAAGCCUAACAUCUGGUGCCAAGAAGGGAAACAAGCGCUACCGCAGUAUCUCGGGCAAGAUGGCUGCAAUAAAGUCUUUGAGCGACAAAGGGCUCAUCUCAAACGAUGAUCGGGGUCAUCUGAAGGAUCUGUUGCUAAAUAAUGACUCACCUCAGCUGCAAGAAGCAUUGGAAAAGUAUAACAACACAGGCGAUUUUGAGGCCGUAAAAAAUCUCUUGGCCAAAGAAUCUCAUACCCCGUCUACAAAGCGCAACACUGGUGAUUGGCUGUCGGAGAGCUUUGUUAACGAAAUUGCGCUUAACCUCAACGCGACGUCACCCGUUGAAAAAUCUGAGCCGAUAUCUUUGCCGAACGACUCCAACGUAGGUCAUUUCAACACCGCUACCGCUCCUCUGUCUCAGUCAGCGAUGGGAUAUGGCUACCAAUCGAGCCAAACUCCGCCGAUGAAUACGUCGAAUAAUUCGCAAAGCACUUCUAUGACGAUGAAUUAUUACGUGAAUUCGGCUAAUUUAGCAGCUCCUACUGGCAAUAGUUUGUCAUUCAGCAGGGGUCAUGUAUCUGGAAUGAAUGUGUCGAAUGGAUAUCAAUCCUUUCCAGUCAUGGCACCAUACCAGCAGCCACAUGCCUCACCAACGAACAUGUAUGCCGGCUUGCCACCCCAGAUUAAUUUGCCUCUUCGAGAUCGCGCGACAUAUAUGAAGCGUGGAUAUGAUUCGUCACCUGUUCACAACACAAUAGGCACGAGUCCACCUGCAGUUCCCCUUACAACCUCGGCACACUUGGCAAUGAACGGCUUCGGUAUGCAACAAAAUUACACCAUGAACCCAUUGUCGUACCCAGCAAACGUCAUCUACGCGAGAAACCAGUCACAGUAUCCCUUGAACACGUACACGUCCGGCCCGUUAAACAACAGCAUUUACAAUUCGUACCAGCCACAGCCUCAGUAUGCUACAAAUCGGUACGGAUACGGCAGCAUGCAGCCGGACAUGGGCUAUAAUCCUUACGCUGCAAGGUACGGCUUCGGCUCAGCCCAGCUUCGAGCUGGCCCUGGAGGUAAGUGGACUACUGCUCCACCGAUGCCAUCGUACCCUCCGCCGUGUUCAAAAGAGGAAAAGAAGGAGAAGAUUGCUAAGUGGCUAAAGAAACGUGAAAAUCGUAAUUGGUCCAACAAACCUUCAUAUCCGGUGCGGCAUAGUAUUGCAAAGAAUCGCAAACGAGGAGAAGAUGGUCGAUUCAUAACGAAAGCGCGACUGGCCGAAAUGGCCGCAGAGGAGGCAGCAGCAGCAGCUGAACUUCGUGACGAGCCGCAGAAAGCGUCCAACCCGUCGUCGUCUUCCGAAGAUUCUUCGGUGUUUUUGAUGGCUCAGACCUCAAUACCGAAAGCCACGUCCGUGCCAUAA